AUGGGUGACAUCACGACAACCACGACGCCGGCGAAGGCAAAAGAUGGCGGAGCUUCCUCUAUCAGCUGCCCGAAGCUCACUAAAACUAACUACACGGUUUGGGCAAUCAGGAUGAAGAUCUUACUGAAAGUACACAAAGCUUGGGACAUAAUAGAGAAAGAAUCGGAUGAAACCGAUAAGAAUGAUAUGGCCAUAGCGUUGAUCUUUCAGUCGAUUCCUGAAGCUCUAAUCUUACAAGUUGGAGCUAUAGAUAAUGCGAAGAAAGUAUGGGAUGUUAUAAAAGAAAGGAAUAUGGGUGCCGACAGAGUAAAAGAAGCUAGACUACAAACCCUAAUGGCAGAGUUUGAUCGACUUAAGAUGAACGACACAUAUUCAAUUGAUAGUUUUGUUAGGAGAUUACUAGAAAUCACAUCAAAAUCUUCUGCAUUAGGAGAGAACAUUGAAGAACCACAGCUGGUUAAUAAAUUUCUUCAAAGCCUUCCUCGUAAGAAGUACAUACAUAUUGUGGCUUCUCUCGAGGAAGUCUUGGAUCUUAAAACUACUAGCUUCGAAGACAUUUUCGGCCGUAUGAAAGCUUAUGAGGAACGGUUAUGUGAAGUAGAGGAAGAAAAGCAAGAUAAUCAAGGCACGCUAAUGUAUGCUAAUACAUUUCAACCUCAAUUAAACCGGGAUUACAACGAAGGCUAUAGAAAUAGGGGUCGAGGUGGACGUUUCUAUAACAGAGGAGGUCGCGGACGUGGAUGGUCAUACAAAGACGUCGACUUUUCUAAGAUUACAUUCUUCCGAUCUGACAAGAAUGGGAACCUCGCUCUUGACUGCCUGGAUAGACUACUUAAGCUGCAAGAAACUUGCGAGAACAAAGAGGAUGAGACGCAUGAAGCAAAUGGACUACUAAUGCAUGAGGUCGUCUAUCUUAACGAAAGGAAUGUGAAACCUAGAGAGUUAGAGUCUGGUAUGGAUAGCGACAGAAUAUGGUAUCUCGACAAUGGCGCAAGCAAUCACAUGACAGGGAACCAUAGUAACUUCAACAAGAUUGAUGAAACUAUCACAGGAAAAGUAUGCUUCGGAGAUGAUUCUCGAAUCGACAUCAAAGAUGAUCAUUCACGCUACAUGUGGUCGGUCUUGUUGAAAGAAAAAGGAGAGGCCUUCGACAAGUUCAUGCGUUUUAAAGCAUUGGUUGAACAAGAAAUCGGACAGGCGAUCAAUACUUUCAGGACAGAUAGAGGAGGAGAAUUUAUGUCUACGGAUUCCUCAACAAGUUUUGCGAAGUAUCUGGAAUACAAAGGCAUUUAA